AUCAUUCUGGCCCCAAGAGUGCAGACAAACCCAGACACUGUUAUGAGCGCUCAUUCAGCACUAUUUGUCAUGCAAAAGUUAAUACUUUGCAACAAAAAUUCACGUUCACUUACCAUUCACAGGUCAGUGGUUUACAGAUCUGUAAACUAACUAAUUAAGUGUGUCGCCCUUAAGCCCACAUCAUUCUCCCCAAGUUACCGUGAAGGGGAAGCCUAGUCUUAAUUUUCGUGGAUCAGCAGAAGUUGCUGGCAGGAUGUCCUUUCUUUGACGAAAUACACUGCUGGUUAAAAAUUGAACGCAACAAACAAACACUCAGAAAUCCUCCAGCUGGUCGGGCGAAUUAAUAGUGAUAGAAAUGAAAGAACGCACCAGUGACAUUGAACGCAAAGUCAUCGAAGUGGUGAGGCCAAAUUAAAAAAGCUAUGUUUGAGAAAAAAUGAUGAGAAAUGGGAGAGAAAUCUGAACAUUCUCCUAAUGCUUAGGUCACCUGAGCUUGUUGCCAUGAAUGAUUUUGUGAGCCCAGGUAAAAUACCAACAGUGACAAUAAUUCAUCUCAAAACGGGAAGCAGACGCCGUUAUUGGUCCAAACCAUCAUCUGAGUGACAACGGGCUCCAGAUGAAAAAUAUCUACCGUCUCAACUACCAGAAACAUCAGUAGUGACUUGAUGACAGCUUCUGUGGCCGCAAAAACAAAUCGAGCAAUUAUUCAUUCUGACAUUACUAAGACCCGGCGUUCCAAAUGGUGGUCGUGUUUUAGUUCUUGAUCCAGGGAGUGGAUACCUCACAGCGUGUGUGUCGAUUAUGACUGGUAGUUCUGGUGUCACUGUAGCAGCCCUGCCUAAUAGGGAUUUAACUAAGCUGGCUUCGAAGAAUGUGGAGAAUUGGUUAAAUUAUGGCAACAGAGGUCACUAUUUGGGUUUGCAACUGGGGAAACAAAUUCAAUUUUCAUCCCAUGACAUUCAAAGUGAUUGGUCAAAAGAGACUCCGUUUGAUGCUAUCUUUGUUUACACAAAGGAUAAAAACGUCGUGAAUAAAAUGAAAAAGCUGCUGAAACACAAUGGCCGUAUGAUCUGUCUCGAAAAACUUGCUGGGGGUCAACAAGUCUUAUAUCGAAUCUAUUGUUUAUCUACAGGUUUCUGUCAAGCAGGGACCGGGAUCGUCAUAGAAGAUGUUUCAUUUGCUGAAGGACAGAAACCAAAGGAACCUGUCUUGCCAACUUCAGGGAAGCCUUCACAAGAAAUUAUUCAUAAACCUUCAAAGGAAACUAUUGAUGUACCUACAAAAGAAAACACCAUACCUUCAGAGGGGACUAUUAGUGUACCUGAAGAAGAAACUAUUGGGGAAACUCCACAAAGACCUAUUGAUGUACCCCCAGAAGCAACUCUUGAUGCGUACAGAGAAGAAAUUGUUGAUGAAAAUUAUGCUGAGGAGCUCUACACUGAAUAUGGUAUGAUUCUAAUGAAGCUUGAAAAUGGUGAGAUUCAUUCCUGCAGUUGAUCUAAUUCGAUCAAUGAUUACUUUCAUCUUAUGAGUGCAUCGUUUCACCCAGUUCAGUGGUAUCAAGUGAUUUGGCGAAGCUCUUUCGUUUAGAAUCUUGUUACUCUCAGCCCAUUAUUACUAUCACUAUUCUAACUGCUACAUGCAUUGUCAUUUGACAACAGAGUUGCUUGUUUGGUGAAGUUAUGUACAGUGGAGGCAAACUACAGAAACCUUGUAUUAAAAUUUCCAUUUUCAAAAGUUAUUCGUAUUCUGAUUGUUUCAUCUUCGAUUCACUCAUUUCUACAUUGUUCCACAAGCAUCGUCUGUCCUUCUCCUCCUACAAACUUAAUCUGUCGAUCGACCAUUCAAGGCUAUUUCAGACGACAGCACAAACAACAGACUACUGAUAAAUUCUUCUCAGUAGCAUUUUCCACACCAAGAAUACUACUAAUAAUAUCUGGCAUGCAGUAAAUACAGCUAUUCGGAUAUACUGACUGUUUAUGAAAGAUUUCUCUGUGAUGCAAUAUCAGGUGCCGGCAAACACGCACACAUUAACCAGCUUCAGCUGGUAGAGCAUCUGGAGUUUGAGCUUUCACCUACAGGUCGGUCAUUCUUAGCACGACAAACUAACAUUAUGCAAACAAGCAAUAGAAAUAUUGAGAACGAGUCAUUCAAUACAAACUGAGCCUCGAAGUGGAGGAUGAAGCACUUGUCCAUUGGAUUGAAUGCUCUUAAAAAUUGAUCUCUGCAACUGAUGUAAAGCGAUUAAGAGAAUAAUUUAGAGGGACCUGACUGGGGAAAACAGAAAUUGUAUCUCACACUUUAUGCGCAUUAUGGUACCUAUCAGGAGUCAUUUUUAAUGAAUGUCGAAUAUGAAGCACUUCCGACAAACAGUCACCAGCUGCACCUAUGUCAGCGCCUCCAGUGAAGCCUAAAGAAAAAACUACAAGUGAAGAUAAAGAAGCCGCUGAUGUGUCUGGAAAAGAUACUAUUUAUGUGCUAAGACAAGAAAGUACUGAUGUACCAAAAGAAGAUAUUAUCGAUGCAUAUGCAGAAGAACCGUUUGUUUGACCUGGGUAAGAUUUUUGUGUAUACAUAAUUGUGUUUUAGAGCAUUUUAAUAUACGUCGACUGUUAUUCGUAAUGAAACAUAGGUUGUUUGAAUUUGUUUUUAUGGAA